AUGAAGGCUGCUCGGGAGUACCUGAGGAAGCAGGACAUGUUUGCCGUGACCCGCGAUGAGCAGGUGCGUGUCUUGUCAGGCGAGGAGGAAGGUGCUUUUGGGUGGCUGGCACUGAACCAGAAGCAGGCAGAGAUCAGCCCCGACCCGGCGACGACACUGGGAGCUCUCGACUUCGGCGGUGCAUCGGUGCAGAUUUCCUUCGUCCCUCAGGAGACUUCGAUCCUCGCCAACCUCUUCCCCAUGCACUUUGGCGGAAGCGUGCGAGGGCCGAUCCACCUUUACUCCCACAGGCAAGCCGCGACUGUCUUUCGAUCUGCUAGCAGCACAACCUGA